UUCGCCAGUGCUCAAUAAUGUUACGUAUAGUGGUGCUCACAAGUGCUCUUCUCUGUGUUUUCCUCGCAUCAGCAGGAGCACAGAAUGUUCCCCCACUGCCUCCAACUCCUGUAAAGUGGCUUUAUUCUAAAUUUUGUGAAUGUAGUUAUUAUAGAAAUUUGCUUUAUACUUUAACCCUUCAGACUGAAAUUAUUCGUCACCAUGGAUAUGUGGCUGAGGAGUAUUCUGUCACAACACCUGAUGGCUAUGUUUUGAAGCUCAACCGAAUUCCUCCUUGCGGUAACGACACUGCUUCUCAUCAGAUUGUUUUCCUGCAGCAUGGAAUAUUGGGAUCUUCUGCCGAUUUUCUGCUUCAGGGGCCCCAAAAGUCCCUCCCAUUUCAACUGGCAGAGUCUGGAUACGACGUGUGGAUGGGAAAUUUCCGCGGAAAUGUGUAUUCUCGGAAACAUAACACUUUGAGUACUAGAGAGCGCAAAUUCUGGGAUUUUGAGUGGCAUGAAAUGGGUGUUAUGGAUUUACCAACAAUGGUAGAUUACGUGUUAUCGGUGACAGGGGAGAGAAAAUUGCACUUUGUGGGUCACUCUACAGGUGCAACAGCUGUUUUUGUCCUUCUCUCUAUGAGACCGGAGUACAAUAAAUAUUUUAGGACUGUGCAAGCUUUAGCUCCAGUCACUUUCAUGAAGAACGUCAGAUCCCCUUUCUUUAAGACACUCUCCAGGAUGACUCUCACGACUGAGGUUGUCUCUGAUUAUCUGGGUCACAGCCAAUUUGUGCCAUCACAAAGGAUGCUGGAUUUGGGUGGAAGGAUGCUGUGCAAGGACCACGCAACCACACAAUCUCUGUGUCUUAACACUCUUUUCCUGGUAGCUGGAUUUGAUUCAGAUCAAUUAAACAAGACUCUUCUUCCCGAAAUUUUCUCCCGCCAUCCCGCCGGAGCUUCAGUGUAUGAAUUCGUCCACUAUGCACAAGAGGUGAAGAAUGGCAAUUUUGCACAAUAUGACCAUGGCACUGUCGGAAACCUGAAAAGAUACGGAUCGACUAAUCCACCAUCCUAUGAAUUGAACAAAGUGGCUGCCCCUGUAACGCUGCAUUAUGCUCAGAAUGAUUGGCUGGCAUCUGUAGAUGAUGUGGAGCGUUUAGCUCAAAAGCUGCCUAAUUGCACUGGCAAAUAUUUGGUGUCAUCAUCCAAGUUCAGUCACUAUGACUUUGUGUGGGGAGCAGAUGUGAAGCAACAAGUCUAUGAUAAGGUUCUGAAAGUGCUGAAUAAAGCAUAACAACCUCUAUAGAUGUUUCAAAAUUCAAUAAUAAAUGAAUGAAUGCUCUUAGUGAUUCAAAUAACAUUACACUGAAAUAAAAGCACACGCUUUGUAUAGAAUUGUGCUGUGUAAUUAAUUCCAAGCAAGUUGAUAUGACUUCUACACUGUAAUAAAAAAUGUUAUUCUGAAAAUAAAUUUGACGCAAAAUGAUUUUUACGGGCUGAAAUGUUUCAGUGUGUCUG